GCUCCCGGCUCUGGCAAGGGGUCUGGGGUUGCCUUCCCGUCUGUGAGUGGCCUUGCAUGUAGUGCGCGGGGCUCUCCUGAGACGACAUGAAGAAGAUAUUUAGCUUCAGGAAGAAGAAGAAGAAGGAAAAUCCGCCGCCGCCCGGCGGCGCCGCCUCGCCGUGCCCCGCCGGUGCAUACGAACUCCGCCAUAAGGAGCUGGGCAAGCUGCACCGUGCGGCCGCUACCGGAGACCUGGCCCAGGUGCGGCAGAGGCUGAAGAAGCACGGCAUCGACGAGCGCGACAAGGCGCAGCGGACACCACUGCAUCUUGCUUGUGCAAAUGGACAUGCGGAUGUCGUUACGUUUCUAGUAGAAAACAAGUGUAAGCUAGAUCUUUUUGACAGUGAUAACAGAUCACCACUGAUGAAGGCAGUGCAAUGCCAGCAAGAAAAAUGUGCGGUAAUCCUGCUAGAGCAUGGUGCUGAUCCGAACCUGGCAGAUGCUAGUGGCAACACUGCCCUUCACCUGGCUGCUGUAUCUCCUAACACGUUUCUAGCAGGGAUGUUAAUUGAGCACAGUGCCCGUAUUGAUGCUCAGAAUAAGGAUGGAUGUACUCCCCUUACUCUCGCUAUCUCUGAACAUCGUGAUGAGAUGGUAGAGCUCCUCCUUAAAAAAGGAGCUGAUGUUCAUGCUCGAGAUCUGUGUGAGAGAACCCCACUUAUGACUGCUGCGUCCGGUGGGGAGCUUAAGUUGGUAAAAAUCCUUCUUCACUAUGGUGCUGAUCUUUCCCAUAAAGACACUAAUGGAUGGACAGCUGAGGAUUAUGCUAUUAUUCAUGGAUAUGCUAGUCUUAGUAAACAACUGGCAGAAUAUGCAGACUGGGAGAACACAGGGAAAGCUUGUGCAGGUGCUUCCCGAGGCACCCGAGUACCGGUGACUCCUCACAAGGCAGGAGCUGCUGGCUUUACAUUGGGUGCACCUGCUGUGGACAGAGAAGGAAUGCAGCAGUCUUCUAAGCAGACACCAAGAACAGGAGAAUCGAGGAAAGCAAUAGAUGACUUUUCCCAUGGAGACUCAAUAAGUUCUGAAAAAGAGGGCAGUAAUGACACUUGGCAUACUUCUGAGGAAGAAGAACUGGAUUUUACACCCAAGAAGCCACAGAAGCCAAACUUGACAAUGUUAUUGAAUAUUUCCCAGAAGUUCAGCAAUGUAGGUGGUGGUGAUGGUUCUAGAAUUAAAAGUCCUAAGUCACAGAAGAAAAGCCUUACACAAAAAAAACCAACAGAUGCAAACCUGAACAGAGGAAAAUGUGGAAAGUUGUUGAAUGAAGAUGUCUCAGAUUCAAGCAGCCUUGAGGAAGAUGAAUUGGAGGAAGAGGAGGAAGAUGAAAAUGAUGAUGGAGAUGACGAUGAGGAAUGUGAAGAAGAAGAAGAGGAAGAUCUUACUCAAGAUGAAAAGGAGGAAGGAGAUCUGGAAGAUGAAGAAACUCAAUCUAAUGACGUAAUGGAAGAGGAGCAGAUAGGUAAAAUAGAACCUAAAGAAGAAAUUAAUCAGAAAUUGGGGUAUCUUAGUAGUGUUAAGAAUGAAGGGGAUGCACAGUGUGGAGCUGGAAGUGUCUCCACUGAUUAUCAGGAAAUAUGUAAAAAAAUCGAUGAAAAGAUGGAGGGAUCUGUUGACAAUCCUGUGUCUUUUAUAGAUGUGCAAGAGAAUAUAACAGCCAUGUCUCCAAAGCGAAUGAAUAAUGAAGUAUCUUACGAGUCAGCACCAAAACAACCUAUUAUUCAAAAUGUAAAUAAUUUGCAAGAUAAACAAGAAAGCUGCAAGAAGAAAAGCAUAAUGCAGAAGAUAUUUCACAGAAAUACAGCCUCCUCUUCUGCAGACUCUGAAAUGACAGUCUUGAAAAAAGGGAUACCUCAGCCCCUCUCAAAAAUUGGUGGUGAUCUUCAGAAGUUAAGUUUCAGCAAUGUCCUCAAAAGUAUUAGUAGUUCUUCGUCAACAAGGGGAAGUAUAAAGCUUGAAAAUCAAAGACUAAGCUCUAUCACGGAUGAUGAAGAUACUGAAGCAGAGCAGUAUAAACAAGUAGAUAUUAAAUUGCAUAGAGCACAGAAACAAGAAAGUGAAAACCUGCGUCUAGGUCGAUGUAAGGAAAAUCUAAGGACAGCAUUUUCCUCAAGCACAGAACCGUAUUCUGGAACUCCAGGGAAAGUAUCACCUGUUGUGGUGCUCCCACCUGCAGUUGAACGCGGAAUAUGCUUGCAGAGUAUUUCAAGGAAGCACAACAAUGGCUUUUCAGAGAAAUCCGGUGAUUUGCAGUUGAAGGUUUCUGCAGUUUUAGAGAGGAAUGAAACACCUUCAAAAAAAGAAAGGAGGAAAUCAGAUCUACAGGAGGAAUUGAGUUUAGAAGAUGUAGACAAUAUUGAAGGUGAGGGCUCAGAACAUAUCUUUCAUGUGUCAUCAGCUGAAAAAGAGACGGUCAAGGAUGCCAUUGAAAACUGUGGAAGGCAGGAUAAAUAUGUUUUAGAAACUACCAACCUGAUAGAAAACCCAGCGUAUGAAAUACAGACUGACAAAGCAGAAAUUUCUCAUCAGGAAGCCCUAGCAGAAAAUGAGGAAUCCCACAGUGCUGUCAAGCAUUUAAGUCUAAAGCCGUGGGAAGAAAGAUAUGAAAGAAUGUGGGUUGAAAAAGAGAAAAGGGAAUUGAAAACAAAUUUUAAAAACAUCACAGCAGAGCUGAAGCAGCUGUUCGGUGAAAUUAAUGAAUCUGAGGAAACUACAUCCCUUGUGGCAGAAGUGGCAGAAGAUGACUUCAAUGAAGAAUUGAAGAGUUUUCGUGUUUCAUCUUGUGUGACAGAAUCAAAUAAUAAGUUAGAAAGUAAAGGUGAAUUUGGAGAUAUGAAACUUAACGUAGACGUAAAAGAACCCGAAGUGGAAAUUGUAGUUCAGAGUCUCGGUGUCCUUCCUGAUCACAGUAACUUAAAUGCAAACAUGGAAAAUACCUGGAGUACAGAGGAAGAAGACUGCACUAAUUACACAGAUAAUACAAAAGUACCUCUAGCAAGAGGAGAGGAAAUGGAAGAAAAUGAGAAUGGGAUUGGUAGGAAUGUAGAGGGAAGUCCUGAGUAUUCCCCAAGACAUUGUUUAAAAACAAAUAUUUUGGAUGACAUUUCUAAUAUUCUUCCUAAAGUAAGACCUAUUUCCACAAAUGAUGAAAGUACACUGGGUUUUAUCAGAGAGAAGAAAUUUGGUAAGGAUGUCUGUCUUAGUGACAGUGUUUCCAGAGACUGCCUUAUCAAAAACAAGGAAAUAGGAGAAGCAGAAAUUGAAAAUCUUAUUCCACAUGAUCAGCAACCUUGUGGCAUGCUGAAAAGGAAUCUGGAUGAAGAAUUAAAACAAGAUGUGCAAAGAUUUAAGAGUAAGGUUGAGAAGGAAAAAAAGAAGCAGAAACAUUUCAAAAUGCAAGCAGUAGAGAAAGAGGACGGUCUUGAUAAAUUAAAUACACCAGCAGGCAGUAUUAACAAUCAACCAGUUAAAGAAGAGCUUGCUCUAAGGAAGAAUGAGAAAAAACUUGAGGAUGAAAAAAAGAUAGAAGAAAAACGCACAAAGAACUUUUCAUCUGAGGAGAGACCAAAAUUAACUAGAAUGCCAACAAAAGGUAAAUCUGUUAUGAAUGCAAAAGGUAUGAAGAAAAAUGAGAAUAAAAGGCAGUCUUCAAAGCAGAAGGCUAAUCAGAAGAUUCAAGUAACGGAUGAUAGCACUUGCAGUGAAACAUCCCAAGCUGAAGAAAGGUCUGCAGCAAAAACAGGGAGUGAAAAGGGCAAGGUCAGCAUGCAAAUGGAUGUUACUGAUGACCUUGAUUUAACACAGUCAUCUGAUACAACUACAGAGGAUGCUGAGUUGCCAACUUCAACUUACAAAGAAGCUAUGUUGCUGUUAGAACAGCUUAGUGUGGAUCAUACAGAUUCUGCUAUUUUGCUGAAAAUUCAAAACAUACUUCUUGAAUAUGAACAGAGAAUAGAUCACGAAAAAAAUCGCUAUGCAGCUCUCUGGAAAGAAGUCAGAAAGUUGAAAAGUGAAAAAGAGGAGUCACAGUUAAUAGCAGAAGAGACUGAAGAUUUGAAAUCCACAUUGACUCACCAAGAAAUGGAAUUGAAAAGUGAUAUCCGAAGCCUUAAAUUUUCUUUGAAACAAGAAGAGCAAAAGAGGCUUAGAGCUGAAAUGCAAUAUGAAAAAAUAGGAGAACAACUAAGGAAGAAAGAGGAUCAAUACUGUAGAGAGGCAGAGGAGAAACAACAACUUGAGUUACGUGCAAGGAAUUUAGAAAUGGAGUUAAUAACACUGAGAAAGCUCAUGAAACAGAUUGAAGAAGAGCGUGAUGAAACACAGAGACAGCUCUCUCAGGAAAAGAGUGCUAGAGCUCUACAAGAAGGAAUUUUGAACAGCCACCUGUGGAGACAGAAGGAACUGGAAGAAGAGACAAGAAAAACUAUAGGAAAAAAUUCAGAGGAAUCUGACACUAAUGACAGAGAAAAGGAUCUGCUGCACAAAAAUCAGUUACUGCAAGAAGAGAUUGCUAUACUAAGACUUGAACUUGAUCAAGUAAAACUUAGGCACCAGGAGGAUGAAGGAAAAUAUUUAGGGGAAAAUGAGUCUUUGAAAGAAAAAAAUGACGAUCUUCAGAAGGAACUUAAGCUGAAUGAGGAAGCCUUAACACAAACAGUAUUGCAGUACAAUGGACAGCUGAGUUUACUCAAGACAGAAUCUGCAAUGCUAAGUUCCAAGCUUGAACAGACAAGAGAAAGCAAAGACAGACUGGAAACAGAAAUUGAAUCAUUCCGUUCCCGCUUGAAUGCUGCUGUUCAAGAUCUUGAACGUCAUCAGUCAUUGAAAAGUGACGCUGAACGAACAUUUCAGAAAGAACGUGAUGAAUGGCAUCGUUUACAAGACAAGCUCCAUCAUGAGCUCUCUCAUGCGCAAGAGACCAACAAGAGCUUGUCUCAGCAGCUGAGUAAGAUGGAAAGGAAAGCUAAUUGUCUAGAAAGUGAGCUUCACCAGUUGAAACAAACACUUCGAGAAAAAACACUGCUUUUAGAAAUGACGCAAAAAGACUUAAAUCAAGCCCAGUGCCAGGCCAAAGAAAGUGACUGUGCACGGCAACUUGAGAAAGAUCAAGUCAGCAAAUUUAUGAUAAAGCAGGAAUCUAUGCAGGAACGAUUGGCUCAGCUCCAAAGUGAAAACCUCUUACUCCGUCAGCAGCUGGAAGAUCUGCAGAACAAGGGGAUCAUCAAAGAAAAGGUUGUGAAUGAUGUCCAGGACAGAUUUAAUGAUAUUUUCAACAAACUCAGAGCUGAUACUGAAAAGCAAGUUUACCUCAUGGAAGAGAGAAACAAAGAAUUAAAUACGAAGUGUACUGAUUUAAGGGAACAAGUCUUUAAAUAUGAGACUGACAAAGUAGAAAGAGAGGUUUUGGUCAGACAGCUACAGCAGGAGCUUGCUGAUGCUCUUAAAAAGCAGUCCAUGUCAGAAGCUUCCCUUGAAGUUACUACACGCUACCGCAGUGACCUUGAGGAAGACAAAUUGCGCUUGCAAAAGGAAUUGGACAGGGUUAAAACCAAGUUACAGGAAUCUGAAGAACAACGUGUUCAGUCUGAGCUUUGUGUUCAUGACUUGAAGACUGUCCUAGAUAAUAAGGAAAAAGAAAUAUCAGUUUCUUCCCAGAAACUGAAAGACCUUCUGUUAGCAACUUCUGGAACCAAUGCUGUUAUAAAACAACUGGAAGAACAUGUGCAACGACUUGAAAUUGAAAAUGCCAGAUUGGAAGUCACAACCAAACAACAAACCAAUAGUAUUGAAGCUCUUCAGAAGGAUAUGCAAGCAUCAGCCUCAGUUCAUCAUCGCCUAGAAGAGUUGUGCUUACGGACAGCACAGACAGCCGCAGAAAAGUACCAGUAUCAGCAGAUGCAAAAGCAGGAUAUGUUGACUAUGACAUCAAAAGAAUCACGCAGUAUGUGGGAGGAAGAAGUGAAGUCAAGAGUCCUCCUUGAAAAUCGUCUUGCUCAACUUGAUAGGGAAAAGGCUGAGCUUUUGGAACAGUGUGAGGCUGAAAGAAAGAAAGUGAAGAAGCUGGUAGAGUUGAAACGACCAGUUGAAGCACGUCUUGACCAGGAAAUGAAAAGAAACGUUGAACUGCAGAAAGAACAUCACAGGUGCAAGAGGCUUCUGAACAGAGCUGUGAAGAAACUAAGAGUGCACGAGUCCAGAGAAAGAGAGUCCCAAUUUAAUUUCCAGGGAGAAAUGAAAAAUAGGUAUUCUGAAAUGGUGAAUGAAGUUGGAAAUUUAAGAACAAAGGUUACUGAACUUUCUCAGCAGCUGGAGUUAGAGUCUAAAAAAUGCAUCCAGCUGGAAACACAAAACCAGGAUUUGCGAGAAGAGCUGUCUGUUCUGCGUGGGAACCAUGAAAAGCUGGAGAGGAGCAAAUCCCAGUUGAAGGAAGAGGUGGCAAGCCUCAGACAUCAUUUGGAGGUUAAUAUGGUGAAUCACAGCCAAAUAGAACAAUACAAGAAAGAGAUGGAAGAACGAGCCGGACAAGAAAUCAGACAAAAGCUACAAGAAGUCAAUUUGUUUUUGCAGACACAGGCAGCCUCCCAGGACAGGUUAGAACAAAUCAGAGACAAUCAUCAUGCCUCACUGAGAAACCAACUAAAGCACAGAAUUAAAGAUCUUGAAUGUGAGUUGGACAGAAUAAAAAAUACUCAACACGACAGUAUUUUUCAAAAAGAAUCCACACAGGCAGAAGUGGAAAAAUACAAAGAAAAGUAUCUAGAAGAAGUGAAAAUUAGAAGAAGCCUAGGAAAUAAGCUGGAAAGAGCCAAUGAGAGACUAGCAGAAGCUAAUGCUAAGCUCUUUCAGGAGCGCCACAGAAACAAAUCUUUAAUUACAAGCAGCAUUGUCGCAGGAGGUCUGCCUGCAAGUCCAGUUCUGUAUUCAACUGAACUGGGGCAUCUUGGCAACAAUCUGGCACUGAACAGAAGUCUCAACCUAGGAGGAAGCUUUGUAGGCACAGCUGGGAAUGCGUUAUCGUCAAGAAACAAUGUUGAAGCCUACAUGGAUAAGGUACGGAAGGAACUGGAUGAAAAAAUCACUAAAGAACUUGAACAAGCCAAUGCUGAACUUGAAAUUGGAUCUGCUAGAGCUUCUCCAAUGAUGUCUACUGAUGGAUCUUCAAAAAAUCUCAAUAUUGACCAGGAUCCCCUUAGCAGAGCAAUACAGGAGUACCGUGAUGUUUUAAACAAAAAUUAUCUGAUCUAAACAAAAAUGCAAAGGGAAAAGUACUGGAAAUCAUUUUGUUUACAUAGGAUGUCUUUGAUUUCCCAUCCUGCAGCCUGGAUGUGGAAACAUCUUUAUAUUCAAACUGCAAUAAGUUAAAAAUGUAUUAAAUAGGUGUCAAGCACUCUGCACUUACCUGUUGGUCACUGAGAUGUAGUUAGUUUAUUUUGCACUCAGAGUAAGAGCCAUAUCUAUUUUUUCUUACUAUCAGAUUGAGUAACAUUGAUUCUUGAACUUGACAGAACUGUCAGAAUGUUUUUGAUGCAUUAUUUUGCUCCACUUGUGCUCUGUGUUUUAAAAGCAUUCCCCUUGUUUUAAAGCAUUUUAAAGCAUUCCCCUUGUUCUGUUGAACCCUUUCACUGUCUGUGUGUUUCCAGUGUUAUUUUAAUGCAUAGGAGGUUAUUUGUUUGGCUUAUUUGUUAUUAUUUGUUAUUUGUUUGUUCUGCCAGCUGCUUCAGUCCUGGUGCUGUGAAUAUUUCUGCUGAUUAAGUGAAAGUUUUACCAAUGUUUAAGCUGGAGAAGGAUGCACUUUACAUUGUUUCACUUAUAUGCACCUUGGGCUUAAAAAUACUGUGAGUGUGUAGCAGUGCCAAGAAAGCUUUAAUGUGAUCUUUUUGGUUUAGUAUCCAUGUUGGGUUUUGCAUUAGAAUUUGAUUCAACCUAAGACAUUCACAGUUGCUAGAUCAACAUGGGAUGAACCUGAAGCAGUUCAUACUGAGAAGAUGGAAAAUUAACAUUUCAACCUUCGGUCCAAUUGGUACUUAACACUAUUUGUGUGGUGGGACAGGUUUUUAUUGCUGCUAACAGCUGGUGAUAAAAUUGCUGCAACUCAGGUGAAGAGUAAUGCUGUGGGACUUUGUGUCUGUAAGACAAGCCGUUUUGUUAACAAUUACAUGUUACUGAAGAUCUGCAGUAGUCAUUCCUUGUCUACAAAAUUUGCUAAAAUAGUACACAACAAAUAGAGUCAACAUUCCAGAGAUGUGAGAAUGUUGUACUGAAGCAAACAGAAACUGGAAAAAAAAUUUUUACCCACUAAUUCAACAACUUGAGUUGAGCAGUGAGGAGAUGUAGUGAAUGUUGCUGCAACUCUCUGCUCCUUUUUACGUGAAUACAAUUUUGUGACCCUAAGACACUGUAUUUAAUUCCAGGUAUUACAUUCCAACUUGGUAUUUAAUAAACUUUCAUGUUCAGUA